GCCGGAGGUAGGCGGGCCCGGGAGGAGCCUGCGGCCCCAGCGGCGGUAAAGGAAGGAUCCGGAAGAGGUGGCCCUCGCGGAGCCCGCUGUCCCGUGUCCCUUAUCGUUCUGCUCUUCUCGGGCGCUGAUGCGGGGAACGGGGGAGGCCGCGAGAACCCGGAGCCUGAGAGCGUCCGCUGCCCGAGGUCGAGCAGCAAUGGCUGAGAAGAGGCCCCCCAGGCCCCAGGGGACAGCCCUGAUCUACGACGAGGCUAUGACUCGGGUCCGGCUGCUCUGGGUUGACCCUGAAUGUGCCAUCGAGGUGCCCGAGCGCCUAACGUCCACCUAUGCCCGGCUUUGCCAGCGAGGCCUGGCACAGAGGUGUGUGCGGCUGCCGGUCCGGGAGGCCACCGAGGAGGAGCUAGAAAUGGUGCACAGCCCAGAGUAUGUGGCUGUGGUGAAGGGGACCCAGGCCAUGAGCAAGAAGGAGCUCCAGACCCUGGCUCAGCAGUAUGACGCCGUCUACUUUCACCCGAGCACGUUCCCCUGUGCCCGAAUGGCCGUGGGGGCCACCUUGCAGCUGGUGGACGCGAUCCUGACCGGAGCUGUAGGCAACGGGAUGGCGCUGGUGAGGCCUCCUGGACACCACAGCCAGCGAGAUGCUGCCAACGGCUUCUGUGUGUUUAACAACGUGGCCAUAGCCGCCGAGUACGCCAAGAGGAGACACGGCCUGCAGAGGGUCCUUAUUGUUGACUGGGAUAUUCACCACGGACAGGGGACCCAGCGUAUCUUUGAAAACGACCCCAGCGUCCUCUACUUCUCCUGGCACCGGUACGAGCACCAGAGCUUCUGGCCUCGACUCCAGGAGUCCGAUUACAAUGCCGUGGGUCAGGGCCCCGGCCGAGGCUUCACCAUCAACGUGCCCUGGAACAAGACUGGGAUGAGAAAUGCUGAUUACGUGUCCGUCUUCCUGCACGUGCUCCUCCCGCUGGCCAUCGAGUUUGACCCCGAGUUCGUCCUUGUGUCAGCUGGAUUUGACUCUGGCAUUGGGGACCCCGAGGGCCAGAUGGAGGCCACGCCUGAGUGCUUCGCCCACCUGACGCUUUUGCUGCUCCCCCUGGCCCGGGGCCGACUCUGUGCAGUGCUUGAGGGAGGCUAUCACCUGCGGUCUCUGGCCGAGUGUGUGUGUAUGACCCUGCAGACUUUGCUGGGGGACCCCGUGCCAGCUCUCUCCGGGGAUCCGGCCCCUUGUUUGAGUGCGGUGGAGUCCAUCCAGAACGUGAGAGCGGCCCAUGCCCGCCACUGGGCAAGUCUCGGGCAUGAAGACGCAGGCCCCGUCCUGACUCCCAGCACGCGGCCCCCCCUUCUUGGGGCUCAGCCCACGGCGGCCACAGAUAGGCUGGGGCCCCUUUUGGACGAGCUGCUCAGCUUCCCCCUGUGUUUCCCCUGCACUGGCAUUGGCCUGGCUGUCCCUGACUCCGCGUCCGGCCUUCACCUGCCCCCCACUGUCCUGCGGGAGAGGGGCGCCCCUCUCGGCAAGGAGGAGGCAGCAGCCUGCUCCAGGCUGGAUUCGGCCUUCUCCCAGGACCAGACCCAGGCCGCUCUGGGGAAGCUCCUGGCUCUGCUGGAGAAGAUCCUGUCUGGGCAGGUCCGGGCUGGGAUCUCCGUGUCUCCCACUGUGGCAGCUGCCGCCAUCAUGGCCCUCCGCAGAGGCCUCAGCUUUGGGUCGCAGAGCAGGCUGCUUUGUGUGGCUGUAGGAGACUUGGAUAUUCCUGAGGACCUGAGGGACAAUGGCCAAAUCCUGGUGCUGCGCAUCGGAGGAGAGGAGCGGCCAGAGGGAAGCCCUUCCCCGAGGUGCAUCUGCCUGGGCGGGCCGCAGGCCACAGAACCCGGCAACUUCCUCUUGGCCCUCCUAAGCCUCAUCCUCCCAGUGGCCUACAGUUUCCAGCCAGAGCUGGUGCUGCUUGUCCUGGGGCCAGGCUGUAGCCUUCGAGGUGUGGACAUGGAGCUGCUCACCAGGCUGCUCCAGGGGCCAGCGAGGGGCCACAUGCUGGUGCUGCUGCAGGACUCUGAGAUCUCAUUGGUGGAGGCCCUGGCCUGGGCCUUGGAGGGCAAGGCCCUCCCCAGCACUCUGGGUCCCUACCUCUCGGCCUCCCCGAAGCAAGCUUUGGCCAUCACCCGCCUCUGCUGGCGGCUACAACCAGACUGGCCCAUGCUGCAAGUGUCUGUGAACUGAGACCCUUUCCCCACUGCCUGCUCCCCAAGACCAGGACCAGUGGGGACCGUGCCAGGCGUCAUGGACCACAGCUGAUGGCACCUCAGGACGCCGAGCCUGAGAGCAGAAGCAGCUGCGUUUGGAGUCAGAGAACCCACUCCAUGAGAUACUGUGCCUAUGUGACCUUCUCUGUCACUUCUCUGGACUCUGGGCUGCCUCAGUUUCCGCCUUUGUACAAUAGGAGCUGGACUCUGUUCUCCAAGGCCCUUCGAGCUCUUUAAUAAUAACAAUAACAACA